AUGCCAAACUCUCCGCCACCGCCGCCACCGUUGGCUCAGGAAUCUACAACCCUCCCAGGGCUCAGUACACGCCCCCGCAUUCCGGACCCCAUCGCGACUCAGGCAGCACCUCAAGGCAGGAGCAGAGCUGAGAACAGAAGCCCUUCGCCCGGCCAGCCGCCGUCGAGAGCGAAGCUGCAGUCGAACCGACUCCAGCCCCGAAAUCUAUCUCCUGACCGGAGUCCCCGGGGCCGCAGUGUCUCGGCGCAACCCCCGGCGAUUCGUAGCCUCGAACAAGACGGCUGGCGGGCAGUCUCCAGCCCAAUCCAUGGACCACCAGAGUCGAAAUCAUUCGGUGAAAGCAGCCCACCUGCCACUGCGGACAAGAAAAAGCGAAGGAGCUGGUUCCCCGGGGUUCGUUCAAGAGCGGGUUCCGACGUGAGCAAGCCGAGGGGCCCUGGCGCCUGGCUCUUAACCCCAGAUAGCCAGGCGGAAUAUAGCACGGCGCUGCUGAUGAAUGGGGAAAGGGUUCCCGAGCUGUGGAACGAGGCCGGCAAUGUCUAUGUCUACCUCCAUCCCAAAGAGAGCAACCGCGGGCCGUGCUUCAAAGUGGCCGACCACAUCUUCAGCUCGUCGUCGGUUCUGGUGGAGCUGCUGGUGACUGAACUGAUGGCAGCCACGCCCAACAACGCUGGCUACGCCGACGUCGCACCGCCAUCCGGCCCCGUGACGGAAGGAAAUCUGUACCUUCCACUUGGAAACACCGACCUCGAGCGUCUAGUUGCCGCGCGCAACUUGUUUGCCUUGCUGACGCACCAGCCGCUCGUGGCCACCACAGAGAACCCGACCCUGUUCGCUGCCAUUCUCCAGGUUGCUGGCCUGCUACGACGCUUCAACUUCUGCAGCUUUGAUGGCUCGUCAUAUGGGGAGUUGGUUGACGCCGCCUUUGACUUCUUGAUGGACUGCACAGGAAUCGCAGAUGUCCGCUACAGCGGGGAGAAGACGCUCGAGGCACUGGUUUUGGCGGAGCAGAUGAAGUCGUGGAACCUCUACAACGAAGCGUUUACGCAUGCCGUGGGCAAGUACGAGUCGAUUGUUGAUCUCAAGUCGCCUCUAUAUGACAGGAUCUCGGUCAGCACUCGUCAGCGCCUGGAUCGCGCUCACCUGGACCUGGCCAACCGCCAGGCCAACGUGAACACGCGCCUCGAGGCGUUCGAGUUCCCCUCUCUGUUUGCUGGCAUCGCCAGCUCAACCUCAACCGAGGAGUACAAGAAUGUCAGGUUUAAGGAGUGGCGGAACUCGUUCGCCAAGAUGAGAGGCUUUGUCCUCAGCUAUUACAAGGGCAUAUUUGGCAAUUGGCCACCCCGGGCCCGCAGCAAGAAGAACUACUUCUCCCAGAGUGGGCUCAACCGGCUGUGCCUGAAAAUACUCUACUCGGAUUUCUGCGCGCUCUACGACCUGCUGGUGGAUCGCCAGUCCAUCACGCCCCGUGUUAUCGGCGAGGGGUUCGAUGACUCCGAGAAGGGCUUCAAGGAAGAGAGGCCCCACGAAGCCUCCAUCUCGGCCCUGCGCAAGAUCCUCAGCGAGUUCGACAAGUCCUCACCGCCGGUGCUUCCACCCAUCCCUUACGACAUUCCCAAGCUCCCAAGCAUUUCGACCAUCUACGAGAAAUAUGACGACCUGCCGGCCAAACAGCAAGCCAAGUAUAGCAAAUCUCUUCAGCACCACGAACUCCAGCUUCUCCUCAUCAAGUCCCGCAACAUUGACACCGACGCCCUCAACAUGCCCUUCCUGCUCGCCUACAAGGAGUUCGAGUUUAAGGAAGCGAGAUCCACCCACCUUUCUGAACUCCCAGACCAGCGCAUCGGCCACUGGCUCUUCCUCUAUGUCGUGCUGCAGUCGCUGCCGAUGCUGGUUGUCGACGCCCCGGGGCUGCGCUACACGGAUGGCGUCGAGGACUUUCUGUGCGAGGCUCCCCAGGGCAACGCGCCGUGGACCGAGGACGCCGGCGCGACCCGCAAGAUGUGGUUCCAGACCAACAAUUCCAACGUGGUUGAGCUCUCGGCCGACGUUGUCAUGUUUUCGGUUGAAGGCAUCUACAUGCGCUCGCACUGCUGGCUGGCCGCCAAGGAGUGGGAGGCCGCGUCCAACCCCGAAGCACCGGCACCUCCUCAUCCCCAAAAUCCUGCCCAGGACGAGCAUCAAACCUUCACCUCCCCCAUACUACCCCCGCCGGCCGCCUUCUACGACAUAAACCCCUUCAUCACCACCACCUCCCCCUCAUCUGCCCACCCUGACAAACAGCGUCAACGUUCCCAGAGCCCCCCCGACCCCAGCUCCAUCUCCGCAGCAACAGCACCAGCAGGACCAGGAGUGCCCUCGCCGCCGCAGUCAACCCACCCUUCCCCGCACCUUUACCCUCAACAACAACACCCGCACCGGCAGCUGCGCCCGCGCGCCAGCUCGACAAACGACCGCGCCCGCCAGGCCUUCCGCGCUAGUAUUGCCAUUGGCCUGGAACCGCUCCCCAUGCCUUCCGUGCCGGCCGUGGAGAGGCAUUCGCGCGUCAUGAGCAUGGCCUCGCUUUCCUCUUCUUCGGCUGCCUCUGGGGCGUCAGGAGGUCCUGCGCUGGGCUUGGGCGGGAGCGCGAGUAUGGGUGGUGGUAAUUUCCUGGCGGGUCUACCAGCAGGUGGUGUUGGUGGUAUUGGUGGUGGUGGUGCGGCGGGGGGAGACGGGGGUUAUCAGCUUCUUGGUUUGAGGGCCAGUCGGUCGGCGGUGAAUUUGCAGGCUGGUGGUGGUGGUGGAGAGUUGGGGGAUGGGCAGCAGCAGCCGAGGAAGUCGAGUGUUGGGUUUGGCUUUGCUGGCGCCGGGCCGUCGAACCUUGGUCCCGGUCAUGCCGCGAGCGAGUCGCUUGGCGGCGGCAGCACAUUUGAGGACAUUUUGAAAGGGAUGGAUGGGAAUGGGAGGAAGGCGAAGAAGAAGCUGUUUUUCUGA